AUGCUAUCUCUAUCCCAGACUAGAAAUUUGGCUGUUCGCAGAUUAAGUUCUGUCAGUCUAGCUGUUCGUCAUUCGAGCACAUCUACCGUUCAUUCUGCCAAGGACGGUAGCAAGGUUCCAGCUGGUUCAGCUUCAUUCACCACUACCAAGUUGAUUGAAAACAAUGCCGACAACAAGCCUAAUGUUGUCAUUUUGGGUUCCGGUUGGGGUGCUAUUUCUUUCUUGCAACAUAUCGAUGCUAAGAAGUACAACGUUUCUAUCGUUUCACCAAGAAACUAUUUCUUAUUUACUCCAUUAUUACCAUCUACCCCAGUCGGUACUGUCGAUGAAAAAUCUAUCAUCGAACCUGUGGUCAAUUUCGCUUUGAAGAAGAAGGGUAAUGUUUCUUACUAUGAAGCUGAGGCUACCUCCAUCAACCCGGACAGAAACACUGUUACCAUCAAAUCAGUUUCCACUGUGUCUCAGUUGUACCAACCUGAGAAGCAUUUGGGUCUGAGCCAAGAGGACACUGCUGAAAUCAAGUAUGACUACUUGUUGACUGCUGUUGGUGCUGAGCCAAACACUUUCGGUAUCCCUGGUGUUGAACAAUACGGUAACUUUUUGAAAGAAAUCCCUCACUCUUUGCAAAUCAGAAAGAGAUUUUUAGCCAACAUCGAAAAGGCUAACUUGUUGCCAAAGGGUGACCCAGAAAGAAAGAGAUUAUUGACCAUUGUCGUUGUUGGUGGUGGUCCAACUGGUGUUGAAACUGCCGGUGAAUUGCAAGAUUAUGUUGACCAAGAUUUGAAGAGAUUCAUGCCUUCUAUCGCUGAAGAAGUUCAAAUCCAUUUGGUUGAAGCUUUGCCAAACGUUCUAAACAUGUUCGAAAAGAAAUUGACCUCUUACGCUCAAGACGUUUUGUCCAAGACUAAUAUCAAUUUGAUGUUGAGAACUGCUGUUGGUAAGGUCGAAAAAGACCACUUGAUCGCUAAGACCAAGGAUGCUGAUGGUAAUGUCACCGAACAGACUGUCCCAUACGGUACUUUGAUUUGGGCUACCGGUAACAAGGCUAGACCUAUCGUUACUGACUUGUUUAAGAAAAUCACUGAACAAAAUGCUUCCACAAGAGCUUUGAACGUUGACGAACACUUGUUGGUCAAGGGCUCUAACAACAUCUUCGCUAUCGGUGACAACGCUUUUGCUGGUCUGCCUCCAACUGCUCAAGUUGCUCAUCAACAAGCUGAAUACUUGGCUAAGGUCUUCGACAAGAUGGCUAAAAUCCCAGGUUUCCAACAAGAAUUGGCUACCAGAAAGGAAAAGAUCGACUUGCUAUUCGAAGAAAACGGUUUCAAGCCAUUCAAGUACGUCCAUUUGGGUGCCUUGGCUUACUUGGGUGCUGAAAAGGCCAUUGCCAACAUCACUUACGGUAAGCGUUCCUUCUACACUGGUGGUGGUUUGAUUACCUUCUACAUCUGGAGAGUUCUAUACGUUGGUAUGAUCUUAUCUGCCAGAUCCAGAUUCAAGGUUAUUGCUGAUUGGUUGAAAUUGGCUUUCUUCAAGAGAGACUGUUUCAAGGAAUUAUAA